GGGCAUGGAGAUUUGGCCUUUUGGAUUAUGCCAAGUUCUUUACCAGAGUUUUAGAAGCAUUUUCCUAUUAACAGUCUUUAUUUUUUAAAUGAUAAUUACAUAAAAUAGGUAAACUUUUCAGGCCAAGGAAAUGGGCAAUUACAUACUCAGUACAUUAAAUGGAUGGUGUUUGUUUCAAUUAUCACAUAAAAUAAACCGUUAGUGGAAUGGUUAGACAUUAUUGACAUUUAGCAAUAUAUAAUAUCAAAAGAAAAUCUGAACGUGCUAAGUUACCAAAUAGCGUUUAGUCUGAUAGUACUUUUUGUUACAAAGUCGAAAGAUGUCUCAAGUUCGAAUCUUCCUCAUUCAUUAGAAUAAAAGAAAAAAAAAAAGAGGAUCUCAAUAUAUCAACCCUGAGUUCGCAUGAUAUCAAGAAAAAUAAAAUGCCAACAAAACUAAAAGAAAAAAAAAACUUUUACCCUUAAUCAUCAUGAAUUGUUUUUGUUUUUUUGGAAUCUUUAUCAUCGGGAAUUCUUAAUAACAAUAAACUUGAUACCAAUUGUCUUUGAUAUUAAAAAAAUGCCCACCCGGGUAUGAAUUUGGUUGAUCCGAUCCCGAAACCCGACCUAUUAGAGAGCGCGCGCAAUUAGCAUACACUGUGACACACAAGACGAAAUGGCGGGAACAGCAAACCCAUACCCAAAAAAAAAAAAAAAAAAAAAAAAAAAAGGACCUUUAAGCCCCAAAACUCAAACCUUAAUUCUCACUCUGAACACUCUGAUGGACAAGUACCUAGUUCCUCAGAAGCCCUCGUCUCAAAACCCCAGCAGACCCCCUCCAAGAUGGAGUCGAAGCCUGAUCGAAUUGAACGGAAGGCUCCAUCCCAAUUACCGACAUUCCGUCUCUGGGUUGCUCAUGGAAUCCUAUUCUGAGCUGAGGGCAUUUCCGCAUUUGUACCACAUCAAUGGUGGACCGUGUCAAACCCAUUUGAAUUGGAUCGACAAUGGCGCAUUUUUGUAUGACCAACCGUCAAUUGGAAAGCAAGGGAUAUCUGCACUUGAUUUUGACAGAAAGGGAAUAUACCUGGUAUCUGUGACAAAAUCGGGGUGUUUAACAGUGCAUGAUUUUGAAUCUCUUUAUUGCCAGAGUAAUGAACCUUUGCUACGCUUGCAGGAAGAUGAAGCAAAACAUGUGGUGCACCUUUCUUUACCUCAACAACUAGACUUUGUCCAGUGGAAUCUUGCUAACCAAGAUGAGGUUGUUUGCACAUCUAUGAAAAGGAAUGAAGUACUUAUAUUUGAUAUUGGUUAUAUCUCUUCUAAACCAUCCAAGGUGUUAAGAACAAGACCUAGUGUUUCUGUUCUUGGGUCUAAUAUUCAUAAAGGCCUUACUGAUAUUGUUACUUCACUUGACGAUUCCAGGAUACUGGCUUCUGAUACAUAUGGUGUAAUCAAUGUAUGGGACAGAAGAAUGAGUGAAUUUCCAUGUCUUGAACUUACAACGGAUUCCCGUGGCACCCUUAAUAGUAUACAAUUAAAUGCGGAGGAUCAGAUCAUUUUUGGAGCUGGAAAGCGUGGAUUUGUUUAUGUAUGGGAUCUUCGUGGUGGAAGAACGUCUUCUGCUCUUCAGAGUAAUAAAGAAAUACGUCAUCCGCCUUUAACUUCAUUGAAGUUAUCGUCAAUGUUAGAGAAAAUUGGGCCUCUGAAGGCACAAUCAGACAUUGUUUCUAAGGAAAUACACUCCAUUAAUAUUGAUCCAUCUUGCCCGCACCAAUUGGCAUUCCAUCUUGAUGAUGGUUGGUCAGGUGUUUUGGAUGUUUACAAUUUUGAAGUUACGCAUAUUCAUUGUCCUCCACCUGCUUGGUUAAAUGAUCCUGGCGUGUCAGCUGAUCUGUUAUAUUUGAGAAAACCUUCAUGGCUGCCAAUAAAUUCGAUCUACGUGGUUGGAUCAUCAACCGACAAUGGAAUUCAUAUUUUGGAUUUCUAUCCAGAUUCAAGCUCUCCUAGCCAUGUGGACUACAAAGAGGAUAUACAGAGUCUUUCUGGGGUAAAGAAACAAGAUAAGAAAAACAGGUUUGUUCCAUUGUCUGAAGGAGUUACUGCAUGUGCAGUUCAUCCCCUCAACAGUACCAUCAUAGCUGGAACAAGGCAUUCAUCUUUGCUCAUGAUUUCUCAAAGUCACAAGUCAUGUUAAGGUGACCAACUGAAGCCCAGGACCAGUGUGAGCAGAAAUGUUGAGUGGUCAAGAAACAACUGCAAUGCGCUUAACCUUGGGGCUCCUACAGUUUUCGCAGUUCAGAAUAUAUAUGUAAAUGUGAGCAAAGCAACUUUCUCUUCCACUCAUGAGCUUUGAAGUAAUGUAUUUAUUGACAAUUUGUCAGCUCAUGGGUUAUAUGUAUCCAGAGGAAGACUAGAGGUGCUUUCGGUGGUCUAACCGGACAUUGUAUAUAUGGUUUACAGUUCUGUGUUGUACUCCAGUAAUUUAGGGUAUUUUGAGAUUGCAGGAUUGUUGUAGACAGUAGUAACUAGAUGUUGUGUAUGGGUUAGGGUUGUGUACUUCAGUUAUUUUACGGUAUCCUGAGAUUAAGGGAACCUUACAGACAAUAGUGACAGUAUCUUUUUUCACAUAAUGACAUAAAAAGCAUUCAUUUAUGAUACGA